AUGGCCUUGUUGAAACCCAUCGCCCUACAAGUGAGGUUCAACUCUAGCGCCCAGUCGCCCGAACCAGUCCAAAUCCCCAAACCACAAACCAACGACUCCACGGGAGCCAAGCCGAAGGCGCAAUCGCUCUGGAAGGAUAUCCUCAGACUCUUGCGGUUGGCGCGCCCUGAGUAUAAGCUUCUAUUCUACGCAUUGAUGUGCUUGAUUGCAACCUCAGCCACCUCCAUGCUGGUGCCGUUGUUCAUCGGAAAAAUCAUCGACACCACCAAGGACGACGAUGACGACACCUCCGAUCGUCGCAUCAUGGGCCUUGCGCCCGUCCAAUUCUAUUCGUCCAUGUGCGUGCUCUUCGGGCUCGGUGCUUUGGCUAACUUCGGAAGAACGUACUUGUUGAGAACGGUGGGCGAACGGUUCGUUGCCAGAUUGCGUUCGCGGUUGUUCCUGAAGAUCUUGAGCCAGGACUCGUACUUCUUCGACGUGGGUCCCACCAAAACCGGAAUGAAGACCGGAGACUUAAUCUCACGGUUGUCCAGCGAUACCCAGGUGAUAUCCAAGACUUUAAGCGGAAACGUCAGCGACGGUGCCAGGUCCUUGAUCAGCGGUUUGGUAGGAUUGUCCAUGAUGUGUUUUGUCUCUUGGAAAUUGACUCUUUGUAUGAGUUUGUUGUUCCCCCCUCUUAUCGUCAUGUCUUCGGUAUACGGAAGAAAAAUAAAGGUUUUGUCCAGACAGGUCCAGGAAAACUUAGGUCUAAUGACAAAGGUCACCGAGGAGAAGUUGAACGGCUUAAAAACCAUCCAAAGUUUCGCCAAGCAGAGAUCGGUGGUUCAUGAUUAUAAUCACGAAAUCAAAAAGAUCUUUGACACCUCGUUGCGAGAAGGUAAACUCAGUGGAAUCUACUAUGGGAUUAACGGAUUGCUAGGAAAUGUGUCUAUGAUCGGUCUCUUGAUUGUGGGGACACAACUCAUCGGGAAUGGAGAGUUGACUAUCGGAGAGCUUUCCAGUUUCAUGAUGUAUGCCAUCUAUACCGGCUCCUCGGUGUUCGGGUUGGGAAACUUCUACACCGAGUUGAUGAAGGGUAUUGGUGCCGCUGAACGGAUAUUCGAGUUGAUCGAGCUGAAGCCAAGCAUAGCCACCAGCAUUGGAAAGAAGGUCGACAAUAUUUAUGGAGACAUCAAGUUUAAGAAUAUCAAGUUCAACUAUCCAUCCAGAAAGGAUUCAGUUAUAUUUCGCGAUUUGAACUUGACCAUUAAACUCGAUGAAAACGUCUGUUUCGUGGGGCCCUCUGGCAGUGGUAAGUCCACCAUCCUGCAGUUGCUCUUGAGAUUUUAUGAUCCGCUACAAGGAGAAGUCACUAUCAAUGAUCAUAACAUCAAAGACUUAAACCUCAACUAUUACCGUUCCAAACUUGGGUACGUACAGCAAGAACCGUUCUUGUUCAGUGGGACUAUCCGGGAAAACCUUGUUUUUGGCAAGGAAGAUGCCACCGAAGAGGAGAUUGAAGAGGCGCUUCGAUUGAGUAAUUCGCAAGGAUUCAUUGAUGCAUUGCCUGAUGGAAUCGACACCGUGAUCGGGCCCUCCAACAGUACUCAGCUUAGUGGAGGUCAAAAGCAAAGAAUCUCUUUGGCACGUACAUUGAUCUGUAAGCCCAAGGUGUUACUUUUAGACGAGGCUACAUCUGCUCUCGACUCAAUCAGUGAGGAGAUAGUAAUGAGAAACUUGAAUCGUUUGAAUAGGGAACAGGGCGUGGCCAUCAUUUCAAUUGCCCAUCGGUUGUCAACCAUCAAAAACAGUGACCGGAUAGUGGUGCUAGAUUCUGCGGGCGAGGUGCUCGAAGAUGGUAGUUUCACUGCUCUCUACAACAACUCGAACAGUGCCCUCAACAAGUUGUUGAAGAAUCAUAAUCUAGAAUAA